AUGGAGGGCGACGGGGGGGAUAACUCCCCUCGCCUGUCUCCUCAUAGAGACAGAGGAGACAAUAAAAGAGACAAAGAAGAAAAAGGAGACACUUAUACAGAUAGAGACAGAGGAGACAGAGGAGACAGAGGAGACAGAGGAGACAGAGGAGACAGAGGAGACAGAGAAAGGGACAGAGAAAGGGACAGAGAAAGGGACAGGGAGAGAGACAGAGGAGACAGAGGGGACAGGGAAAGGGACAGGGAGAGGGAGAGAGGAGACAGGGAAAGGGACAGGGAGAGAGACAGAGGAGAGAGAGGAGAAAGGAGAGAGAGGGAUAGGGACAGGGAUAGAGGAGACAGAGAAGGAGACAGAGAAAGAGGAAGAGAGAGAGAAAGGAGAGACAGAGGAGACAGGAGAGACAGGGAGAGGGAGAGGGAGAGAGGAGACAGGAGAGACAGGAAGGAGAGAGGAGAGAGGGAAGGAGACAAUAAAGAGGAGGAGCUAGAUCCUAUAGCAGCAGCAGAAGCAGCAGCAGCAGCAGCAGCAGCAGAAGCAGCAGCAGCAGCAGAAGCAGCAAGGAAGCUGCAGCAGAAGCAGCAAGGGGCAUUAAAUAAGGCAAAAGAAGUACUGCAACGAACAAGAGAGGAGCAGCAGCAGAAGCUGCAGCAGCAACUGCAGCAGCAGCAGCAGCAGCAAGAAGAAGAGGAAAGAAAGACAAGAGCAGCAAGAGAACGUGCAUUGCAGCAGCAGCAGCAGCAGCAACAGCAGCAAGCAGCACAUUUUGCUGCUCAUAUAUAUGCUACUCAUGCUGCUGUUGCUGCAGUUAGUGCUAUGUCUGCUGCUGCAGAUACAGCAACAGCAACAGCAACAGCAGCAGCAGCAGCAGCAGCAGCAGCAGGAGAUCGUCCUUAUCUUAAGCCAUCAAGGAUGGUAGCAGCAGCAGCAGCAACAGCAGCAAACAGCAGCAACUUUAGGGACAGAAAAAAAGGAGACAAAAAAGAAGAAGAAGGAGAAGGAGGAGAAGGAGAAGGAGGAGGAGAAGGAGGAGGAGAAGGAGAAGAAGGAGAAGAAAAAGGAGACAGAGGAGGAGACACCUAUAGAGGAGACACCUAUAGAGGAGACACCUAUAGAGGGGACACCUAUAGAGGAGACAGGGGAGGAGACAGAGGAGGAGACACCUAUAGAGGGGACAGCUAUAGAGGAGACAGAGGAGGAGACAGAGGAGGGGACUACUAUAGAGGAGAUAGAGGAGGAGACUACUAUAGAGGAGACAGAGGAGGAGACAGAGGAGGAGACAGAGGAGGAGACUACUAUAGGGGAGACAGAGGAGGAGACAGAGGAGGAGACACUUAUAGGGGAGACAGAGGAGGAGACUACUAUAGAGGAGACAGAGGAGGGGACAGAGGAGGAGACUAUUAUAGAGGAGACAGAGGGGGAGACAGAGGAGGAGACAGAGGAGGAGACUACUAUAGAGGAGACAGAGGAGGAGACAGAGGAGGAGACUACUAUAGAGGAGACAGAGGGGGAGACUACUAUAGAGGAGACAGGGGAGGAGACAGGGGAGGAGACAGAGGAGGAGACAGUUAUAAGGAGAUAGGAGACAAUUAUAGAGAUAACGAAGGAAGAGACGGAGAUUCUCCCUCUGCUGCUGCUGCAGCAGAUGAUGAGGAUCGUCUCCCUACUGCUGCUGAGUCUGCUGCUGCUGCUGCUGCAUUAGAGACAACUUUACGUUAUAAAGGUCGUCUCCCUCUAGCAGCUGCUGCAGCUGCUGCUGCCGCAGCUGCAGCAGCAACUAAUGCAGCUAAUACGGGUAAUGCAACAGGGGGAGGUGCAACAACAGGGAUAGGGGGGCAAGGAACUGCAGCAGGAGGAGGAGAAGGAGCAACGAGUGCAGCAGCAGCAGCUGCUGCUGCUGCUGCUGCUGCUGCAGAAAGGGAUAAGGUAAGAGCAGCACAGAUGACGGGGGAAGAAAUACAAAGACAAAAUAAAUGGCGAGAAAAACUACAAAGAGCAGAGAGAGGAGACACAGCAGCAGCAGGAGGAGAUUCUUCUGCUGCUGCUGCUGCAGCAAAUGGCAAGAAAAAGAAAAAGAAACGCAGCAGCAGCAGCAGCAGCAGUAGCAGCAGCAGCAGCAGCAGCAGCAGCGACAGUGAUAGUGACUCUGACGGACCAAAAUCUGCGCAGCAACAGCAGCAACAGCAUCAGCAGCACCAGCAGCAGCAGCAGCAGCAGCAGCAGGAAGGAGGUCUGCUGCUGCGUGCACCAGGGAUGGAGGGGAAGCAACUAGAGACAGAAAUAGAGAAGAAUUAUAAGGAGACAGAGAAAAGGAGACAAGAGACACAAGAUAAAUUAAAUAAAAAAAUUAAUAAAAAAAAAGAACAGCAACAACAAUUCCUUAUGCAAGAAUAUAAUACGGAUAGUGUACAUUUUUGCGGUGUCUCGUUAGGCAAGAAGAAGAAGAAGAAAGCCAGCAGCAGCAGUAGCAGCAGCAGCAGCAGCAGCAGCGAGGAUGAAGGGGGGCCCCCUGUACCGAGAGCUGCUGCUGCUCCUCCUGGUGUAUCCCCUGCUGCUGCUGCUGCUGCUGCUGCAGAAGCAGCAGCAGCAUCGAAGGCAGCAGCUCGGCCUAAUGUUGCUGUCUUGGAUGCAGCAGCAGCUGAGAUCCAGCAUAAGGUUGAGGAAGCAGAGGCAGGUAGUUCAUCAGAGGAUGAGACUGUUGGCCCUCGGCCUAUGGAGGUCACUAAUAAACUAGCACAAAGAAACAUGGACUACGGUUUUGCGCUGCGACCGGGAGAAGGUGAAGCCAUUGCUCAAUUCGUCCAAGAGGGCAAACGUAUUCCUAGAAGAGGAGAGGUUGGUCUGACGGCUGAAGAGAUUUCGAACUUUGAGAGUUUAGGAUACGUCAUGAGUGGUUCAAGGUAA